CACUCCGCUCAUCGAUGCUACCCAAAGCAACUCUUUAUAUUGUCCUAAUGCCCUCCCGGGUAUAUCCAUAAUCGUCUCUGCUCGCCAUUUCAAAGCACAUGAUUCUACAGAUUCGCUACUCAACUUCUCUUCUACAGUGACACAAACCAAUUAACCAGACACGUCACAUCAAGUUCGCCAGUAUGGUAUCAAGGUUGUUGUCUACGCUCGCUGUGGCGCUUUUUGCGUCUUCCAGCAUAGCCGCUCCAACCGAGAAACGUCAAGGUUCGUUGAAAUUCGACUAUAACAAUCAGAAAGUUCGAGGUGUAAACCUCGGCGGCUGGUUUGUGCUUGAGCCAUGGAUCACGCCAUCUAUGUUCAACGACUGGGCAGAUGGCAACAGUGUGAAAGACGAAUACACUCUAACCCGGACCUUGGGCUACGACGAGGCAUACCGACGUCUCAGCGCGCAUUGGAACUCGUGGAUCACUCAGGACGACUUCAGCCAAAUCGCAAAAGCAGGCCUGAAUCACGUGAGGAUACCAAUUGGCUACUGGGCCGUGCAGAAACAGGAUGGAGACCCAUACGUGCAGGGUGCCUAUCAGAAGCUUGGUGAAGCUCUCGACUGGGCGCAAGCUGCAGGCCUCAAGGUUAUGAUUGACCUCCACGGUGCUCCUGAAUCGCAGAAUGGCUUCGACAACAGCGGUCGCUUGGGCGCUAUCGGCUGGACUCAAGGAAACACUAUUGCAACCACCAUCAGCGUACUGAACAAGAUUCGAGAUGAUCACGCUAAUCAUCCCGCCGUUUCUGCCAUCGAACUCCUCAACGAGCCCCUUGGCCCAAAUCUGAACAUGGACACAGUCCGCCAAUUCUACAUGGACGGAUGGGGUAAUCUCAGAGAUAACAAUGUGGCCAUCACCUUCCACGAUGCCUUCCAAGGGGUGACAUCCUGGGGCAACUGGGGUUCCGGCAUGUGGAAUCUUUUGCUUGACACUCACCACUACGAGAUUUUCGACCAAAGCCAAGUCUCCAUGGACCCAAACGCUCACAUCGCAACUGCCUGUGACUUUGGCAGACAGAUGGCAAGCACCGGAAAGUGGACCAUCGCUGGUGAAUUCACCGGCGGUAUCACCGACUGUGCAAAGUGGCUCAACGGACUUGGAAAGGGUGCUCGUUACGACGGUACCUUGGCCGGAUCGUCGCAUGUCGGCUCGUGUGAUGGAAAGUACACAGGAACCGUCGCCGGGCUCAGCAACGACGACAAGUACAACAUCGGACGGUUCAUCGAGGCUCAACUGGACGCGUACGAGAAGGCCACGGGCUGGAUAUUCUGGACGUGGAAGACGGAGAGUGCACCAGAGUGGGACAUGCAAGAUCUCCUUGCAAACGGACUAUUCCCGCAGCCCUUGACUGCCCGAAAGUACCCAGGCCAGUGUGGUUGAGAAUAUCUCCACCCCAACAACCUCGCUCAACAACUUCUCUUGUCUCUCUCGUAACUUACUUCUUCCUCUCGCUCGACGUCAAAAAGUUUUUUCGUCCUCGGUUUUUAGCGGCAGCGCGCCAUUUUUUGAGCCAUUUUAUCCAUAUCCAACAUCACCUCCACUACCACCACCACCGCCACCACCC